ACUAGCCCGGAAGUGAGACGUUUAUUGACAAUAUGGCCGUGGACCUGGGCUUGGAUUUGGGGAAAAUUGGGAUUUGACAGCGGGACUGCGAUAUAAAACCGUUUCCACCGUGGGCGUGUAAGGAACAGGUGCAUUUGAAUGAAGGGAGCCGUGAAUCCACGGGACGGUGUCAGUGAGCUGAGGAAACGUCCGGAGCGCGAAAGCCAUCAUGUCGUUUUUCAAGAGGAAAGCCAAAAGCAAAGAACCUGAGAGAGUUACAGAUUCUAAAGUCAAUAGAGCUCCAGCCAACCCUCACUCUCCUUCAUUAGGACUUCGGAACCACCAUGCCAUCCAGGAAGCUGCAGGGCCCAGCCAUGUGGCAAUCAACGCCAUCUCUGCCAACAUGGACUCCUUCGCCCGAGGUCGCACCGCCAUCCUCAAGAAACAGCCAAGCCACAUGGAGGCCGCACACUUUGGAGAUUUGGGUCAUUCCAGUGUAAACUAUCUGCCACAGGAAACUCGCUCUCGUUUAUCCAAGACGUUGGACCAGGUCCUCCAAGACAAUGUGGCAGUGCCCCACUACAUGCAUUUCGUGGAAUUGCAGGGUGCUGACCACAUGGUUCGGUUCUGGCUGGAGGCUGAGAGUUUCCGCUCCACCAGCUGGUCUCGAAUCAGAGCACACAGUCUAAACUCUGUCAAACACAGCUCCUUGGCUGAGCCCGUCCCCACCUUGCCAGAUGGUUUAGAACACCAAGCAACAGCCCCACACACACCCAACACCCUCUCGCGGGACAGUAGCAGCGAAGGUUCCUGGGUGCCGACAGAGCGGCAGGACUUCUCAGGCACAGACACGGGCUUGAGACCAGGCACUCCUCGAGCAGAAACACCCAGCAGGCAGGCAAACUCCAGGACAGGGACUCCCUGUAAAGUGCAGUCUAACAGCACCCUGCGGGACCUCUCUGACAAACUCAUGAAAAGUAUAGAGAAAGACGCAGUCACCAUCUUCACCAAGUACAUCUCCCCAGAUGCUGUGAGGCCGAUUCCCUUCACAGAACAGAUCAGAAACGACAUAGUUGCAAAGAUCUGUGGAGAGGACGGCAUGGUGGACCCAAACUGCUUUGUCAUUGCACAAUCGGUAGUCUUCGCCAUCUUGGAGCAGCAGCACUUUAGUGAAUUCCAGCGGAGCCAUCAUUUCUGUAAAUACCAGAUAGAAGUGUUAACGAGUGGCUCGGUGUUCCUCGCUGACAUCUUGUUUUCUGAGUCAGCGCUCUUCUACUUCUCAGAGUACAUGGAAAAGGAAGAGGCGAUGAAUAUACUGCAGUUCUGGCUGGCGGCAGACAACUUCCAGAAUCAGCUCGCUGCUAAAAGGGGCCAGUACGAUGGUCAGGAGGCUCAAAAUGACGCCAUGAUUCUCUACGACAAGUAUUUUUCACUCCAAGCUACUAACCCUCUAGGCUUCGGCGAUUCUGUGCGGAUGGAAAUAGAGUCAAAUAUCUGCAGAGAGGGCGGGCCUCUCCCCGACUGUUUCAACACUCCACUCAGACAGGCCUGGACAACCAUGGAGAAGGUGUACAUGCCAGGCUUCCUGUCUAGCAACCUUUACUACAAAUACCUGAGUGACCUCAUCAACUCAGUGCGGGCGGAUGAAUUUGUGAAUGUCAACACUCCAGGUCAGAGCGGGCCCGCGGACAACGACCGCGCAAGUUCAAAUGCCAGUGAGGGCUCUCAGACUCAGCAAGGUGCAAGAAAGGCAGUGAUCAAAAUCCUGAAGAACUUUGAUGAGGCGAUCACCGUGGAUGUCGCCAGCCUGGACCCUGAGUCCUUGUACCAGCGACCAUAUGCUGGGAAGAUGACGUUUGGGAAGGUGAAUGAGCUCGGCCAGUUUAUCAGGGAGGCAGAGCCAGAGCCCGAUGUGAAGAAAUCCAAAGGCUCCAUAUUUUCUCAAGCAAUGAAGAAAUGGGUUCAAGGCAACUCCGAUGAGGCACAGGAAGAGAUGGCGUGGCAGAUUGCCAAGAUGAUCGUCAACGACGUUGUCCACCAGUCGCAUCACGACAGCCCUGGCCAAUCCACCAAGUUAUGACCCUGCAGAUGAUCCAAAUAAAAACGUCACUCACUCCCUGCUAGCAUCAGCCAGGACAGUGACAAACCUCGCACAGGGUUCACCUGGUAACGAACUGCAUCACUCUGAGAACAAACAAGGCUUUUUCUUAUCAUCACCUCCCUGAACACCAAGUCUCCACGCCUACAAGUGUAUGUGGUUGAGAGCUUGAGUGAGCGAUCAGGCUGAUAGUCUCUUGAAGUUCAAAACUCCAUAAUAACACUAUAAAGGUACACGUGUAGUCAGGAAUAAAGCACCAGACUGAAGGAAGUCCCUCCUCAUGAUGGAGACGUUCAACACGAAGCUGGAAGAAAGAAGCAGCAUCUCCAUCGGGACGCUCACCGCGCUGCUAUAGACGUAGUGUUUGUACAGUGUCUCAUCUCGGACCUAUGGAGGAUGGGAAAAAAAACCAAACAAAGACUGAAUUUCCCUCGCUCCCUGAUGCCACACCUGCUCACACCUUUUUUUUAUAAGCAUUCCUUGUUUUUAGAUGAACGGUUGUCGUAAGGGACGACUGGUUAAGUAUCAGUUCAGGAGGGGGUUGUACAACUUUUACAUACGCUUCUCCUCCACCUGCAUGGAGUGGUUUUUGCUGCUGCUGGUGCUCCCUCGUGUGAGCUGUGUUACCUUGGCUGUUAAAGCUGCAGUCGGCAGGUUUGCUGGGAAAAAUAAUUGAUUGUUUAGUUUCACCCACGCGUGGGGGGGGGCCUUAAGAUUCUCACGUUUUAGGAUUGCAGCACUAAUUUAAAAGCGGAACUAUGCAGUAUUUUUGCCCUAAUUUAACAGCUUCGGAGUCAUUGUGAUGGUUAAAUGUCUUGUAAAAUGUCUGUAAGUGGAAAACCAACCUUGCAAGGUCAGGGCCGCCGUCCCGGAGUCCUCCCAAUCAGGAGGCUGUACGAAACAUUUAUUGCUUUACGUCACUACCCACACACACACACAGUCUAUCCAGGUACCUGCUAUUCGAUUAUGGCAGCAAUAGCGGUGAAAAAGGAGCAGUGAAAACCGAAGAGGAAACAACUGUCUCACCAAGCGAAAAAAAACACUGAAGCAUGCAAAACGGAUGCCAACAGCAUGGACAUGUCUCCACAGCUUAAAUUUGCUAGACAAUGGAUGGAUGAAUGUUUUGGAUGGUGUUGUAAAAACUCCUAAACUAUAGGGGGAGCUCCAGAGAGACCUGAGGGAAUCUCUAUAUCUUUGAAACUCUCUGCUGAUAUCGUCAGGCGUCAGAUUGGCGUUACAGUCCGACUCUUUUAGACUUUUUUU